AUGCUCUUCAAGAACAUCAUUGCUGCUGCCGUCAGCAUCGUCUCAGUCAUUGCUGACACAACCUCUUUCAACCCUAUUCUGACACCUUCGUGGGGACAAGUUCUCAAUGCUCCCAGCCCUCUGACUAUUACUUGGACCGUAACCACCUCCAACAAGGUCAAUCUCGUUUUGCGUAAGGGUGGUUCCUCAGAUCUUGCCACCAUUGAGACCAUUGCCUCAAAUAUUGACAAUACCGGCUCCUACACUUGGACUCCUUCAGGUGAUACUACCACAGACACUGACUACUCGAUUGAAAUUGUCGACGCUACUGACUCUUCCUUGUCAAACUUCUCCCCUCACUUUACCAUUCUUUCCCAGGGUCAGGGCUACACUUCUUCCUCUGUUUCAGGCUCUGUCUCUGCUACUUCUUCUGCUGCCUCUACCUCCUCUGUUGCUGCCUCUUCUUCCUCUGUUGCUGUCUCUUCUUCCUCCGUCGCUGCUUCUACCUCUACCGUUGCUGCUUCUUCUUCUGUUGUGGCUUCUUCUUCUUCUGUUGUUGCUUCUUCUUCUUCUGUUGUUGCUUCUUCUUCUGAAGCUGCCUCUUCUUCUGAAGCUGCCUCUUCUUCUGAAGCUGCCUCUUCUUCUGAAGCUGCCUCUUCUUCUGAAGCUGCCUCUUCUGAAGCUGCCUCUUCUUCUGUUGCUGCCUCUUCCUCCGAAGCUGCUUCUUCUUCAGUCGCUGCUUCCACCUCUUCAGCUGCCGCUUCUUCUUCUGCUGCUGCUGCUUCUUCCUCUUCUGCUGCCGCUUCUAGCUCCGUCGCUGCCACUACUUCCUCAGCUGCUGCCUCUUCUUCUCACGCCACCACUGUCGUGACCAAGACCUCUUCUGCUACUGCCUCCGCUUCAACUUCUUCUGCUGCUGCCACUUCCUCAGCUGCUGCUGCCACUUCUUCGGCUACCUCUUCUAACGGUGCCAUUUCUAACGGCGCUUGCGGUUUGGCCGCUGUCUUUGCCUUUGCUGGCGCUCUUUUGUUGUAA